AUGUGGAAUAAAUAUUGCAAGAAGAUAAAUCCAAUAGAAGUGCAGUGGAAAUGUGGUUCACAGUUUUGGAAAAGAAUGAUAGAAGCAAGGGAUCAGGUGGAUCAACAGAUAUGGUGGGAACCUAGAAAUGGAGCAUGUGAUGUAUGGGAUGAUAAUUGGACUAAACUUGGUUCAAUCAAACAGGAAAUGCCUCCAGACUUUCAGAUUGAUACCAGCAUUGAAGAGGUAUCAUACUUCAUGAAUGCAGAAGGCUGGGGUGCACAAAGAUUACAUGACAAGCUGCCCAUUAAUGUUUGUGAUCGUGUUCUAGAAGAGUUGAGUAUAGUGGAGCAUUCAGAGGAGAAAGAUAAAGCCUGGUGGAUGGCUAGUACUAUAGGAAAAUUCACUGUAGGGAGUGCUUGGAAUUUGCUCAGAAAAAAGGCUCAAACAUCAGCUCACUUUUCAAAAUUGUGGUUCAAAGGUGUUACAUUCAAAAUAUCCUUCUUCCUUUGGAGAUUGUGGAAGUUCAAACUACUUGUUGAUGAUGUACUAAAGAUAAUGAAUAUUAGUAUUGUAUCUAGAUUUAGAUGUUUUCUGAACCCUCAUCAUGAGGAGACAAUUCAACAUUUAUUCUUAACAGGUGAAUUUACAGCAGAAAUCUGGCAAUAUUAUAAUGCUGCUGUUGGGAUAGUUGAUCCAAGGAUACAGAUUCAUCAGACAAUAGUACAAUGGUGGUAUAUGCAAGUCCUACAAAGCUCAAGUCAGUUAUGCAGGCUGCGCCAGCAUUCAUAUGUUAGCAACUAUGGAAGAGAAGAAAUACUAUCAUGCAUGAGGUUAAGAUGA